CAGUUACGCGGUUCAAGGCUCCGGGGGGCCACCGGGCGAGCGACAAAGGGAGAGAGAGAGAGAGAGAGAGACGGAGAGAGGGAGGGAGAGACAGAGAGAGAGCGGUAAUGGCGACCCUCGCUUCCUUCCUCUGCUACUCUCCUCGUCCUCUUCUCUCCUCUUCACGUUCUCCUUCUCCUCCUUCCUUCGCUUUCUUCCCCAUUCGACCUUCUAGAAACCCUCUAAAAUUUCCAACCCUAAUUCUUGCUUCAUCGGCCUCUUCUUCUGAUGGCCUGUACUCCACAAGUGAAAAUCCGCGCUCAAAGAAGUCAGUUCUUUUGAAUCUGAUACAAGAAAUUGAGCCUAUGGAUGUGAGCCUAAUUCAAAAAGAUGUACCACUCACUACCGUGGAUGCGAUGAAGAGGACUAUUUCUAGCAUGUUGGGUUUACUUCCAUCUGACCGGUUUCAAGUGUUAAUUGAAGCUUUAUGGGAACCUUUGUCCAAGUUAUUGUUUUCAUCAAUGGUGACUGGGUAUACAUUACGGAAUGCUGAAUAUAGACUUUGCCUUGAAAGGAACCUUGAUAUGAAUGAAGAAAGUGCUGAAGCAUUGAAAAAAGAAAAUAUUAAACUUGGAACUCGAAGAAUGUUGCUUGACUACGAAAAAAGGGUCAAAUUGUCUAAAAAAGAUGAGACCCCCCAAUCUGAAAGCACAAGUGGCAAUUCAUCUGAGAAUAUUGGCAUUGAGGGUCUUGGAAAAAUUACACCUGAAGCUCGAGACUAUAUUAUAAACUUGCAAUCUCAUUUGUCUUCUGUUAAAAAGGAGCUUCACGAAGUGAAGAGGAAAAGUGCUGCUCUUCAAAUGCAACAGUUUGUUGGGGAGGAAAAGAAUGAUUUGCUGGACUACUUGAGAUCGCUUCAACCUGAGAAGGUGGCUGAGUUAGCAGAACCAACAUGCCCAGAGUUGAAGGAAGUGAUCCACUCUGUAGUACAUGGUCUGCUUGCAACCCUUUCUCCGAAAAUGUAUUCCAGGGCUCCCCUGUCAGAGACCGCCUCAACUGGGAUAAUAAAUGUCAGAACCGAAGAAGAUUGCAUCGAUCUCAUGGAGAAUGCUUCUCUUCAGUAUCAGCCACUAAUGUCAUUAACUCGAGACUAUCUGGCCCGUCUUCUAUUUUGGUGUAUGCUGUUGGGACACUACCUCAGAGGGCUCGAGUAUCGGCUUGAGCUCAUGGAACUUCUCUCCCUGCCAAGCAAUGCAGAAAAUGGUUCCUGUGGUGGAGAUAGAGAGCAAGUUGAUUGAAGUGCUGCGCUCCAGUUUGAUCUGUACUUGUUAAUCCUGCUGGCUGUGCAGUGGUCGCCAACCUUUUGUAGUUAGGAGCAAAAUAUGCUUCGCAAGGGAAAGAAGGUAAUGAAGAGAUCUCAGGUUGUAAGCGACCUCUCUGCUCCGUGCUCUCUGCAGGGCGCCCGCAGUCAUAUUUCUCUGAAUCUAUGAAGUGUGCAUCUCAUACUGUUUGUCGUUUUGAAAUAGCAGUAUUGGAUUCCCAGAUAGGGAAAAGAAAGCAAAUAAACAAUUGUUUUGUUGCUUCCCCUUAAAAAUUGUUCAUUUGGCUUUUAUUUUAGGGAAAAUAAUAUAUCCUAGUUAAAAUGUUUGUUUUGAAAAAUACUAGAAUAAUGUAGCAGUAGCUUUUCUGUAAUUAUAGUCCGUCUAGUGGAUCUUUUUGUU